UCAGCCUGGGUGAACUGGUGUAAACAAGGAUGCAGCUUAGUCGGGAAAUUUUGAUGGUGCUUCUACCUGCAGUGAUGGGUACCAUGAUCAAGCUCAAAAAUGGUGGAUUUGAAGAUAUUGUUAUUGCAAUUAAUCCUGUAAUAGAAGAAGACGAGAAAAUGAUUGGCAGCAUAAAGGACAUGGUGAAAGAGGCAUCCAGUUAUCUCUUCAGUGCUACAAAACAGAGAUUUUACUUCAAGUCUGUAAAAAUUUUGAUUCCUUUGACAUGGAGCUCAAAACAAGAAUAUAAAAGAAGAACCAUUGAAUCCUAUGAACAAGCUGAUAUCAUAGUAGCUGAUCCUUACUUGAAAUAUGGAGAUGAGCCUUAUACCCUGCAGUUUGGAGAGUGUGGGACACCAGGACAAUACAUUCAUUUCACUCAUAACUUCUUGACAAAUGACAAUUUGCUUUCUAUUUAUGGACCUCGAGGCAGAGUCCUUGUCCAUGAGUGGGCUCAUCUCAGAUGGGGUGUCUUCGAUGAAUAUAACUAUGAUGCACCUUUUUAUCCUGUCGAACAAGGCAAAUUUGAAGCAACAAGAUGUUCAGCUGGUAUCACCGGUAAAUAUAUCUUUUCAACUAGCCAAGGAGAACAUAGAAAAUGUAAAUAUAUAAAGGGAACAAAGAUAUAUGAACCUGGAUGUCAAUUUGUGCCAGAAAAAAUACAAAGUACCCCAGUAUCUAUCAUGUAUUUGCAAAGUGUAUCUUCUGUUACUCAGUUCUGUGACCAAAGUAAUCAUAACAUCAAAGCAACGAAUAUGCAGAACAAACUAUGUGACUACAAGAGCACAUGGGAAGUGAUUAUGACCUCCAGUGACUACAUCCGUUCAUCUCCAAUAAAUACUCCUCCACCUGACCCCAUUAUUUCUCUGAUUCAAACACAUGACAGAGUCGUCUGUUUAGUGCUUGACGUUUCUGGAAGCAUGGAUGAGCAUAAUCGUAUUGGUCGCCUGAAGCAAGCUACUGAAUUGUUCCUCCUUCAGAUAAUUGAAACUGGUUCCUGGGUUGGAAUUGUAACAUUUCAAAGUGCUGCCGACGUUAAGAUUGGCUUGCAACAGAUUGUCAGUGACAAUGCACGUGAAGCUCUUGUGACUUACUUGCCUACCACAGCUGAUGGAGGAACUAACAUUUGUGCUGGAGUGCGUAAAGGAUUUCAGGUGUUCAGACAAAAAUAUCAAAGUACUGAGGGCUGUGAGAUUGUGCUCCUGACAGAUGGAGAAGACCCAAAUAUGAGCUCUUGCUUUAGUGAAGUUAAAAGCAGUGGAUCAAUAAUUCACACUAUUGCUUUGGGGCCAAGUGCUGCAAAAGAGCUAGAGAUGCUGUCGAUAAUGACAGGAGGUUUAAAGUUUGCUGCAACUGAUAACUUGAACUCCAAUAGCCUCAUAGAUGCUUUCACUGGAAUUUCAUCAGGAAGUGGAAAUCUCUCUCUACAGCCAAUUCAGCUUGAAAGUAAAAGUAACCACGUUGACUCCUACCAAUCUCUUGAGGGUACUGUGUCCAUUGACUAUUCUGUGGGGAGUGACACUUUCUUCGUAGUUACAUGGGCUGAAGACUAUUCGCCACCAGUAAUUCUCCUGACAGAUCCAAAAGGAAACACCUAUUCUCUCCAGGACUUUGUAGCUGAUCAAACAAAUCGCAAAACAGCUCGCCUUAAGAUUAAGGGAAUUGCAGAGGUAGGAGAUUGGACUUACAAACUUCAUAAUAAAUACUCAAAGCCUCAGGUUUUAUCCAUCACAGUAACCACUAGACCGGCAUCUCCAACUAUACCUCCAGUGAUUGUGAAGUCCUACGUGACUAGUGAUAAAAAUACCUUCCCUAAUAAAAUGAUUAUUUAUGCAGAAGUCAGUCAAGGAUUUUUGCCUGUUAUUGGUGCAAAUGUCACAGCCAUAGUUGAAUCAGACUCAGGAACUGAAGAACAAGAACUUUGGGACAAUGGAUCUGGUGCUGAUAUUAUCAAGCAUGAUGGCAUCUAUUCAAGGUACUUCAUCUCAUUCAGAGUCAAUGGCAGAUACAAUAUAAAAGUACGUGUCCAAGGGCAAGAUACUGUCCUAGGAGCCCGCCAACAUGGUUCGGCUUUAUAUGUACCAGGCUGGAUAGAAAAUGGAGAAAUAAAAAUGAAUGCACCAAGACUGGCAGCCAGUGACAAUGAAACCCAAGCAAACCUUGGAAAUUUCAGCAGAACUGCAUCAGGAGGUUCUUUUAUAGUGACAGGAGUACCUACUGGAAAUCUCACAGAUGUUUUCCCUCCAUGUAAAAUCACUGACCUUGAAGUAGCACUCAAUGCUGAAGAUGAAUUCCUUUUGUCAUGGACAGCUCCUGGGAAUGAUUAUGAUAGAGGAAAAGCUGAAAGAUAUGAAAUAAAAAUGAGUGAAAAUCCCUUGGAAUUAAGAAAUGCUACGUUUCAUAAUGCCACUUCUUUGAACACAUCUGGUUUGAUACCGGAAGUUGUUGGAACCAAACAGUUCUUUCAGUAUAAGUCAGAAAAUUAUACAAAAGAAAAUGGCACCAUGAUUUACUUUGCCAUUCGUGCUGUUGAUGAUAGCAACAAUAAUGGAGAAAUAUCUAAUAUAGCCAGAGCAGUUGUGCUUCUUUCUCUGUUGCGUACUACUGCCACUAGUCCAACCACUACUGCUGCUAAUAAUGAAAGCAAGAACAGUGCCUUAAAUAGUAAUAUAUUAAUUAUAAUUAUAGUAUGUGCUUCUAUCGUUAUUUCUGGUGUUACACUUUUAAUUGUUUAUGUGUUAUGCAAGAGAAGACAAAAAAAUUAUGAAAUUGAAAUGAAAGGAUGAUAGAUUGGAAUCUGAAACCGCAAUAGAAAGAGAAAUAAUACUGAAUGUGCUACAUAAACGUUAAACCCGCAGGUUCCUAUAAGUACCUCUAAAUUGUUAUAGACAUGUACAUAUGUAUCAGGGCAUUUCUUUGUACUGAAUUUCCAUCAAUACUCUCCAUAGUAACAAGAUAUUUUUGUGUGUUGCUAAACAUCUGCAACAUCAUUUCCUGUUAAUCUUAAAAAGAAAGGAAAUUGCAUCCUUUUCCCCAAUCUUUAAAGAAAGAGGUGAGAGUCAAUAAAAAAGUAUAUCAAUGGUGCAUAA